AUGAUCUGGGCAUCAAUGAAACGCAAAGUAGCUGAGGUAAAUAUUGGCAAACCAGCCAAUCAAAUGCCAGAAAUGGUACAGGAAGCUUUUAAUUCCAUUCCCGUCGAAGAAUGGUGCAAUCAUUGUGCCCACGUCAAGAAACUUGAAGAAGAAUACAGAAGUAAAGAUGGAUAUUUGGAUGCUCCUUUCAUUGUGGAAUUAUGCUCUGAGAGUGAAGAAAGCAGUGAUGACGAUUCUCAAGAUGAAAGUGAUGAAGAAUUUAAUAGCAUUGAACCUCUCGUCAUAGUUCAUGCAGAACAUAAUUAUAGUAAAAAAAAAUUGAAAUAUUGUUUUUUAUUUCGAUUAUAG